CACAUUACCUGAAUUUGAUGUGUAGGUAACCGAAACGCGUAGCUUCGUUCAACAUUUCUUCUCAUUCUUUUGGAAAGUCUCUUGCGGUCAGUAAAGUGUUGUUUUAACUGGGGAUGGAAAAAAGAUUUGCCAAAAUGCCGUUGAAUAGUUUAAAACAAUGAACCCAUUGUCAUUCAAAACAAAUCAACUUUCGCCCUAGAGCAACCUAAGUAAACCAUUGAAAUCAAUAUCAAAAACCUUAUUUUAAUACAAUAUGGAGCUGAACUUGGAUGAAUAUGUAAAGGAGUGGACUGAAUUGUCAAACGAGUAUAAAAGUCUGGAGGCUACAAACUCCACCUAUUUGGAUCUUCUCGAAAAUUUGGAGGUACAGCAGGAGCAAUGUACGAAGCAAAUAAAACAUCAACGCUACCGCAUGCAACAGAUUUCCAAAAAUAUCAAGCAGUAUGUUAAAACCAAAAAGAGUACACCAGAAGAAUCGGAGAAAUUGGCUGAACUGAACAAAAAUAUUUUAAAACGGAAAGCUCAAUUGCAUGAAAUCGAACAAGGACUGCCCCAGAAAAACAGCCUCUAUCUAAACAUAAUUCUUGGUGAUGUGAAUGUCUCUAUCCUAAAUAGAAGUGACAAAGUGCGCUACAAAGAUGACUACGAAAAAUUUAAACUUAUUCUAAAUGUGAUAGGUUUAUUGCUAUCAUUUUUAAACAUUGUUAUUAACUAUCGAGCGUUGGAACUGGCCUUCAUAUUUUUGCUGGUAUGGUACUACUGUACACUGACAAUCAGGGAAUCUAUCUUGAAGGUGAACGGAUCAAGAAUCAAAGGAUGGUGGAGAUUACAUCACUUUAUUUCUACUGCAAGUGCCGGAGUUCUACUAAUCUGGCCACAAGGGGAACCUUGGCAACUUUUCCGGACUCAGUUCAUGUACUUUAACGUUUACAUAAGUUUAGUACAGUACAUGCAGUUCGGCUACCAGAAAGGAGUGUUGUACAGAUUGAAAGCACUUGGCGAGAGACAUGAUAUGGACAUUACAAUUGAAGGCUUCCAUUCAUGGAUGUGGCGCGGAUUGAGCUUUCUUAUUCCAUUCCUCUUCAUCGGAUACAUUUUCCAGGCAUACAAUGCUUGGACAUUAUACAAACUAACUGAACAUCCAGAUGCAACCUGGCAGAUUGCAGUUUUAAGCAUACUGUUCCUUAUUUUAUUCGUUGGAAACACAACAACAACUAUGCUUGUGAUCCCACAAAAACUACGUGGACGAAUAAAGGAGCGAUAUCGUCUAAUGAGUUUGUCAUGGGCCAUGAAAGCUCGUCAGCAUAACAAAGACGACAAAACUGAGAAAAAAGACGGAGUGGAAUACGAUAAGGAGUGUAAUAAGGACAAAUAAAAGCUGUAAUUUACUCGAGUGAAGUGAAAAUGAAACGAAAAGUCAAAUAUUUUUACAUUAUUUCUUUAGCGGGUGUUUGUUAACAUAUGGAAAUAUUAUCUGGCGAUUGGCAUUCAUAAGCUAGACGACAUGCGACAUCUAGUGUUGAGUAGCAGAACAGAGCGAAGGAUGUCGAUUGAAAUUUUUGCCCUUUGAGGUUAUGUAUUCGAAUUUUGUUUUGUUAAAUUUCAGCGUUCAAAACAACUUUUGAGCAAAAAUUCGAGCUUAUACUUUGUUAUUUUUGAUGCUCUAUCAUUUUAAACAAUUUUUUUUCCAAAAUCUUUUUUAUUGCUUUAAUUUAUAAAGGGGAAAAGUUUACACUCAUACUACUUGAAUUUUUUCUCAGAAGAUGUUCUAAGAGCUGUAAAUUCAAGUUUAAGUUUGCAUUCCUAUAUAACCGAACAGCGAAAAUUUGAAUCGUCAUUCUUCGAUGCUUUGCGCCAUCUGUCGGAAUUAUGAAGCUUUUAAUCGCGAAUUAAUAAUUAUGUUUAGUUCCUACUCAAGCAAAGCUAAAGCUUUUUAAUAAAGGGAGGAUGAAUUUGAAAAAAAAUCUAAGUUCAUGGUUUUCAUAUAACUCGUGAGAGAAUAGGAUUGAGUCAGCAAUAAAUAAAAGAUUCAAAAGGAA